AUGGCUGCAGACGACAAUGAACACUCGUCGAUUGCCAGCACUUCCAACGGUUCUUCGAGCCCCGUUACUAACAGGUUUCUAUUUCAUUUAUAUAUUUUAAACGUUCAAAAACUUCAUUCCUAAUUCAACGGAGUACUCUCAAACAAUUGUAGCACUGACAAAAAAAUUUGAAAAUGAAAUAAAAAAAGUAGAUUAAUAUUAGGUCGACCAGUAUGAAAUCAGCACUGGGCUCAUCGAUUCAUAAUUAAUUCCCAAAAAUUUUAAAGAAGACAUUCAUUUUCCGCAUGAACGCUGAUCACAGAUCGUAAUAACAAUUGGAAAAUACUUUUUGAAUACAUAUUCUUUCAUAAUAUCCUCAUAAACGCCAACAGUAACGCAUUUCUAACCGGCCAACCUAAUAGAAAGUAGUUUAAAAGAGCGAGACACAACUUUAUUUAACAAAUUGAGUUCUUUUAAAAUUCCAAGAAUUUAAAAAAUUGCAAAAAGAUUGUUAAGACUGAAUAAAAACAGAAAGAAAAAAUAAAUGACAAAAAAUGAAAUUCUCCCAAAAAAAAAGUUAACGCUGCAGCAAAGAUGCUCCACUGACAAUAAUUAUUUUUGCAAUUUUUUAAAUUUUUCUUUUUUUUCAAGCUCAUCGGAGAAACGGAACAUGCUUCAAAACGUAAAACCGUGCUCAUAGCCAAAGAACAGUAUAUACUAAUUUUUUUUUGGAGCAAUUUUUUUGCGUUUCGAAGCAACCACCAAAAAACUCCAAAAAGGCCUGAAACAUAAGAGCCUUAAGCUCCUUUUGAGUUUCUAAAAUAGUGUCAGAAGUUUCUCCCUUCUUUCCACGUUUUUUCCGCCUUCUUUUUGAGACCUUUUGGAUUUAAAAGAGUAACGCGUAAAUUUCUAAAUUACUUUGACGGCAUAAUAAUCUUCAUUUUUCAGUCCGUCAUCCUCGGCAGUUGUUGGACCCAAAAAGCGAGGGAUUCUCGAUGUCGACGCCUUGUGGAGAAAAAAGAAGAUUCUAGAAUUGAAGAACAAGCAAAUCGAGGAGAAGAAUCAACAGGAUAACGAGAAUGAACGGUUGGUUUCGUGUUCAUUUGGUAUUUUCUAAUUUUCAUGAAGGGUCAGUUUUUGAGAUAGAUAGUAAGUAUUUCAAGCUUCAAUAGAGGGUCAAUUUGCGAAGUUCCUUCAUUUUUUGAAAAGUCAUGUAAAAGGAGCGAAACCUACAACACUAGUAACGUUGGUAACUUCAUCGAGAUUAAAAAUCUUGGAGAGUUGGAUUUGAAUUGAUUGUUUGUAGUUUUUUUUUUCGAUAUUUUGAGCUUGUUCUUUGGUUCAUCCGACAGAACGUCUCUAAAUGCCCAUUUUCCGAAGCUUUAGGACAAGACGACCCUUUUAAUGUCGUUUAUAAAGCGAAUACUUUGAGAUGAAGCCAUCUUUGUUCGAGUUUAAAAUCAAACGAAAGGCUGUCAAUUUUCUACAAUAUUUUUGGUCUCAAAACUUUCUGUAUGACUUUUUUUCGAUUCCAAGUCAUAAAUGGGCGAGGUCCGUAUGUUAAAAAUAAGGAAGUGAGAUUGAAAUUUAAGAUUUUGUAGAACGGAGGUGUAUAGGCGAGCUUUAUCGAGCCCGUUCGAGUCGUGUUUUUGACUUACUUUGAACCGAAAAUGUGAAAUCUACGAAGUUUCUAUGGCCGAGUAGAUGGGAAUUCAGAGUCAUAAGUACCUUCAUGAGGUCGAAAUUGUGCCUUUUGUACAUUUCUGAGCUAAGAACUCGUUUCAACUAGGUUUUUCGGUCAAUUUAUGUAAGCCAACCCCUUUUCCUGGGCAAAUUGAGGACUCUACAUGCCUAAGUAUGUCCUUGACUGUAACGGGAUCAUUGAGGAAAAGUUGGAAUACGGAGAACUUUUUCUGUAAAAUGGUCAGCGGCCCCGAAAUUUGGUGUAUCCAUGUUUUGGUCUGAACUUUGUUCUGCCAUAUGUGGUCUGAAAAUGGGUCUGCCAUAUCUGGUUUGACUUUUAGUCUGCCAUAUAUGGUCUCAAAUUGGGUCUCCUUAUGUAUUGGUCUGCCAAAUCUGGUCUGAGAUUGGGUCUUUCAAACCUGGUAUGAAUUUCGAUCUGGCUAUGUAUUGGUCUGAAGUUUGGUCUGCCUUUAUCUGGUCUGGAAUUGGGUCUGCCAUAUCUGGUCAAAAAUCGGGUCUUCCCGUGUAUUAGUUUUCCAUAUUUAGUCUGGAAUUAGGUCUGCCCAUGCAGUAAUCUGCCAUAUUUGGUCUGGAACUGGGUCCACCAUAUCUGGUCUGAAAAUGGGUCUGCCAAAUCAGGUCUGGAAUUGGGUCUGCCAUACCUGGUCUGAAAUUGGGUCUGCCUAUGUAUUGGUUUGCCAUAUCUGGUCUGACUUUUGGUCUGGAUAUUUGUUGGUCUGGAAUCGGGUCUGCCCAUGUAUUGGCCUGCCGAAAAUGGUCUGAAGUUGGGGCUGCCAAAUCUGGUCUGGAAUCGGGUUUGCCUAUGUAUCGGUCUGCCAUAUCUGGUCUGAAAUUUGGUCUGGCUAUGUAUUGGUCUGCCAUAUAUGGUCGGAAAUUGGGUCUGCCCAAGUAUUGGUCUGCCAUAUCUGGUCUGGAGUUAGGUCUGCCGUAUCUGGUCUGAAUUUUGGUCUGUCCAUGUAUUAGCCUGCCAUAUCGGGUCUGACUUUUGGUCUGGCUAUGUAUUGGUCUGCGAUAUCUGGUCUGGAGUUGGGUCUGCCAUAUUUGGUCUGAAAUCGGGUCUGUCAGGCCAUACCUGAUCUGAAUUUCUGAAGUGUGAAUUUUGGUCCGCCCCUCCAAGCUCUCCGUACACUUGUUCAGCAAGAGCUUGAUCCAUGGAAGCUUCCCAAAAAUGAGCAACAAGCUGCAAUGUCCGCGGAAACCCCUUGAAGGCUCCACAUUCUGCAUAUCGAUACUACUAGCGACUGGAUAAUGGCGCAAAACGGCUAGAGAUAAGGAGAUAAAAAGAUAAUAGUGAACAAUAGCCGGCGGCGGUCUCCCCGGGCAACCACCGCCGGCCAAAGUGCGGCCGCCGGAAGAAUUCCGCCGCGCCAAAGGCUUUUCCUCCCCUCUUUUGUCAGCUCACUCUUCACUGAUAAGCCAUUCGGCUUAACUUCUUAACUUUUGUUUUUGUUUUCUAAGAAUUUCAUAAGGAUCUGAAGAAAUUGUCGUUGAUUGUAGUGCCGGGUACGCAAACACAGGUGUUGACGGUGAAAAAUCGAUUUUUUUUUUCUUUGAAUCUUUUAAAAUCUCUUGCUUCCUUGUGGCCCAGGAGGAUAUAUAGGAAGCCAUAUUUCAAAAUAUUUCACUUCAAAAUUUGAUUUGAAGAAUAUUUUAGUAACGUUUUUGAAAAUAGUCCCGGGGAAGAAUGACGUCAUAAUGUACUUUGAAGCUUUUUUUGUAAAUAUUUAGAAGAGUUUCGGUGUGAGAUUUUAAUUAUGGAAUAAAAAAAGUCAACUAUUCGGAAAAUUAUGACUUUAGAAAUUUUUUUCGUGAAAUCUGCGGUCUGCGAACCACACAAAAUAAUGAAAAAGAAAAAUUUUUUUCGGAUUUUUCUAUUGAUUUUUUUGGCUCUCCUUUUUCCACCGCCAAUAUCAACGGAAGAAUUGGUAGGAUCUUUUGUUGAAAUUUUUUUUCGAUAUUUUUGAUUUUUUUAUCAGAUAUUGAUACAUAAAAAAAUGGGCUUUAAAGUGUUCACUAAUGUAUUAUUUUUGAAAAAUAUUAGUUUUUGGGAUUAUUUUUUUGUAGUUUUUUUAAUGAAGCUUCUUGGUGAAAUUUCUAGGUUUGCCUUGGAAGAUUAAAUUUGUAACAUUCAUUCAGUUUUGAUUUUUUUUUUUGAACCGUUCCAACCAUUCUUUUUGCAAUUUUUAGUGUUUCCUAUGGAUAUUAACUUUCAAAAUCAUUCAAACAAUUGGAAGUUUAUGUUAUAAGCUUUCUUUUCAUCCUUCUUAUUUAUAUUAAGGCUUCAACUAAGCUUUAUAAGACUUAUAAUUUUCAUCAAGUUUGCACUUUUAACAACAGAAAUGGCUUUAUCAAAAAAAUAUUUUCCAUAAGUACAUUUUUCAGUUCAAAAAGACCCACUUUUUGAAAGUUUUUAACAAUACACUGCGCGUCAUAGCUAUAGACGCACCCCCAUUUUUCAGUUUUUCAAAAGAUAUGUUGAACUUCCUGCAAUCAAACCUAUUUUUAUGAUGAACCUUAGCUGAAAUGAGUAACAUCGCAAAAAGAACUACAGAAGACUCAGUACAAAAAAAUUUUUCGAAAUCCGUCAAAAAAAUAGUUUUUUUGACCGGGUCAUAAUUAUAGACGCAGCCUGGGUCAAGGCUCAUUUUUUUACUUUUUCUUGGAGCUUUCGCCUUUCUUUUUUUAAUUUUAAAUAAACCCUAAGGUAGUAGGAGGCCACAGCAUUUUAAGCAAUUUCCAAUCAAGCAAUUUUAUUUACAAACCAUGCGAAAAAGCGAAAAAAAAAGAAAAUUUCAUAAAGAAUGGUCUCUUCUGGAAAUAUCAGAGAAUUUAUAUCGGAGUUUGCGCAUUAAAUUUUCAAGUUACGUUGUUUUGAACAAUAACUAAAUAGUUCAAGAAGAGAAAAUGCUUCUGCGGUACGAAAAAUAUCUUUGAAUUAGGUGGAUUCACUGUUCAUAGGAAACCUGGCGUUUGUUUAGGGUCCGCAAGCCAUUUCUUCAGAACGAUUCAAAAAAUAUGUUUUUUACACUGUUCGAUAGAGGAGACUGUCCAUUUUCAUAUUCCGUUUAGUUUUUGAAAAAAGGUCCACUAAGAAAAAAGUUAUGGCCAAAAAACUAGCGCGCGCGGCGUACAACUGGAGGCAAAAUCUCACGGUUUACCCGCUGCCGCACGCUUUCUUUUUAAAUGUUUUUGCGCGUUUCUGGACCGUUUUUAAAUCGGUUUCCUGUUUUGAGAGGUUGUCCGAACUGAGCCUCAUGUUUUGGUAUCAAUCUUUUGUAUAACUAUCAUAAGAAUUUUUGAUAAAAUAUCAAAAAACUACUUAGAAAAAAGUCAGAAGGAAUUUUUCAGCUUAUUUUUUUCUUUUUUUCUAAUCAGAAAAAAAUUAUUAUCAUUCGAUUUGGAAGAAAGAAAAAAAUGAAAAAAAUAAUGUUAUUUCGAAAUAAAAACAGGAAAAAAAGUGCAAUUUGACGCCGAAAAAAACGGCUCCUGCAACAUUUAAAAUGGCGCAUUGGUGUGUUUGACGCAAACACAGCUACGAAUGCUUGCACGAAUUCUUCCAAAAUUUCAAAAAAAAAUUGCCAUUUUUUCGAGGUUUUCAAAGCCGUUAUUUUUUUCGCGUCGAUCGAUUUUUUUCAUAAUUUUUUCAUUGAUAGAGUUUUGAACGCUUAAUAACAUAAUCAUAAAUAUAGACGCGAUCCUAUUCUCUCAUUCGUCAACGAGGCAGACGAAAAAAGGAGGUUUUGGUAAAACUCAAAUAUAAUUUGAUUCGCUGUCCCAAUAAUUAUUUUCAUCCUGAAUUUUUAUUUUUGAACACAUUGUGAGUUUUUAAAUCAAAUAAAAAGUAUACCUUGUCGCUGAAAUUUUUUCGCAUUUCAGCUUCAAAGUUUGGUGUCAAUUUACAAGCUUUAAUAUUUUUUUCGCGUCGUUAGAUUUUUUUAAAUUUUUUUACUCAAAAAAAAUAAAGAAAGUGUUAAUAUAUAACAUACUCAAGAUUUAGAAGCGUUCCUAACUUGGUUUUCUGAAACGCGAGGAUUUUGUGAAACUUGUCAGUUUUUUUCGUGUUAAAUCUUACUUUUUCGCUUAUUUUCGAAAAAUACGUAGUUUUAAAAAUAUUCAGUCUUGUAGAGCGUUGUCGAUUACAUAGGUUUUCAGAAACAGUUGAUUUUUAAAGUGGGACUUUAGCUAGUAUAAACGCCUCAAAACCGUUUUUGCAACAAAAAAAUCUUCAUUUUGGUGGCGUGAAGGGGCGGGGCUUUGCGCCCCCUACGUUUGUUGAACCGACCUCUUCCGCCAAUAAAAAUUUUUACUUAAGGUUUUUCAAUAGCAACAGUAUUCAGAAAAGGUUUUAAAUAUUUCAAACACUUUUCAACUAUCUGAAAAAAGUCUGUUCUCUUUUCCGAAACCGUUUUCCAAAACAGAAAAAGAGCAAACUUUGCCCGUUUGGAGGUCCAUUAACUUUCAUUAGUUCUAUGUUUCCAAUGUAUGGAAAAAAGGUCUAUGAUUAAAUUCACACCAGUUUCGGGUAAAGUUAACACUUUGUUGACUGGGAAAAGAAAUGGUGAGGGCGAAAAUGAAUUUUCAAAAAUUUCUUCGAUUUGCAUGAACAAGAAGUUUCAUUUUUCUUUUAUUAGCACGGAAUGAACCAAUACCAGUAAGGACAAUCAGCUUUAACCUUUCAAAGUAAACCUCAGGACAUUGUCGCUAUCAGAAAAUCUUAUAUAGUCAAUGUUUCCCGACUUGAAAGGCGAAGGAGGCGGGGCAAGGGGCGGGACGCGUAGCGUGUGCGUUCGCGGUUCUUGGCACGAGUUCAAUUCAAUUGUCGCCGAUUAUUUAAAAAGCUCGUCAACCGCUCUUUUUCAAUGUUUUCUACUAUUUCUUGAUGCACACAUGAACAUAAUCAAUAAAUAAUUGAAAUAAGAAUGAAAAAAGCGAAAAACGGGCUUUUCAAAGAGUAGAUGGCGGUUGAAUUGGACACGUGGCAAGAACCGCGAACGCACACGCUACGCGUCCCGCCCCUUGCCCCGCCUCCCUCGCCUUUCAAGUCGGGAAACAUUGACUAUAUAGAAAUGUUUAUUGGCGGAAGAGGUCGGUUCAACAAACGCCAGGUUUCCUAUGAACAGUGAAUCCACCUAAUUCAAAGAAAUUUUUCGUACCGCAGAAGAAUUUUUCUCUACUCGAACUAUUUAGUUAUUGUUCAAAACAACGUAACUUGAAAAUUUAAUGCGCAAACUCCGAUAUAAAUUCUCUGAUAUUUCCAGAAGAGACCAUUCUUUAUGAAAUUUUUUCUCGCUUUUUUUCGCAUGGUUUGUAAAUAAAAUUGCUUGAUUGGAAAUUGCUUAAAAUGCUGUGGCCUCCUACUACCUUAGGGUUUAUUUAAAAUUAAAAAGAAAGGCGAAAGCUCCAAGAAAAGUAAAAAAUGAGCCUUGACCCAGGCUGCGUCUAUAAUUAUGACCCGGUCAAAAAACUAUUUUUGACGGAUUUCGAAAAUUUUUUGUACUGAGUCUUCUGUAGUUCUUUUUGCGAUGUUACUCAUUUCAGCUAAGGUUCAUCAUAAAAUAGGUUUGAUUGCAGGAAGUUCAACAUAUCUUUUGAAAACUGAAAAAAUGGGGGUGCGUCUAUAGCUAUGACGCGCAGUGUAUAUGAGAAGUUGGGGGCAGAAAAAAAAAGUUGAAAUUUUUCCAAAAAAAGUAUUUUUUCAGGUAUCAAAGUCAUUUUUUAACCAUUCUUUGGACUGAUUAGGGAAUAUUCUCAAUUUUUGUCUCUCACAUGAGGAACUAUGACUAAUAAUGAUAAUAAAAUUAAUUUUUUUCAUCCAUUCAAAGUUUUUUUGAACAUUAACAGAGUAUAUAUAUCAAAUUUUCUUUAACCUGAGCAACACCGGGUCAUAUUGGGCCCCCUCCGAAAAUGGUAAAAUUACCGUGUCUGUGUGUUAAUCGGAGAGAUGAGGCGAAAGGUAAAGGUAAAGGUAAUUACCGACCUGCCCGAUACCUUUUUAGGGUCCUCUUUCAAUGAAAGGCGAAAAGCCGGGCUCAAUUGGGCUUCAUGUUGCCGAUUUUCGUUGGCUGGCUAUUAUGGCCAGGUGACAGGUGGCUUUCGGAUGGGAGUCAUCCUCAGUAUUGCUCAUGUUUGCUGGAGGAGGCCACGCCUUCUUUUUGUACAGGACUGUUUUUGAAUGGAACAGUUUAUUAAUCUUCACAAAAAGAAAGCGAAAUUCGAGAUUUUUGAAGUCUUUCAUACCAUUUUCAAGGACGUGACCCAAAUUUGAAUCCUCAGUGUUGCUCAUGUUUGCUGGAGGAGGCCACGCCUUCUUUUUUGUAUAGGAGCAUUUUUGAAUGGAACAUUUUAUAAAUCUUCACAAAAAGAAAGCGAAAUCCAAGAUUUUUGAAGACUUUCAUACCAUUUUCAAGGACGUGUCCCAAAUUUUCAUCCUCAGUGUUGCUCAUGUUUGCUGGGGUAGGUCACGCCUUCUUCUUGUACAGGAGUAUUUUUGAAUGGAACAGUUUAUUAUGCAAAUUUGACCUUGUAAAUGGUAGGAAAGUCUUCAAAAAUCUCGGAUUUCGCUUCUUUUUUCUGAAGAUUUUUUUGCGAUUUUCUCGAUUUUGAACAGUUAUAAGAGCUUCAAUUUCAUAAAAUCUAUCUUAUAAAUUUUUUGUGAUCGAAAUUAUUUUACAUAAAUGGCUAUAAAAAGCUUCAAAAUUUUGAAAAACCGUCAACAGUCAUCCUCAGUAUUGCUCAUGUUUGCUGAAGUAGGUCACGCCUUCUUUUUGUACAGGAGUAUUUUUGAACGGAACAGUUUACUAUACAAAUUUGACCUUGGAAAAUGGUAUGAAAGUCUUCAAAAAUCUCGGAUUUCGCUUCAUUUUUCUGGAUUUUUGCGAUUUUCUCGAUUUUGAACAGUUAUAAGAGCUUCAAUUUCAUAAAAUCUAUCUUAUAAACUUAUAUGAUCGAAGUUAUUUCACAUAAAUGGCUAUAAAUGAGCUUUAAAAUUUUGAAAAACCGUCAUCAGUCAUCCUCAGUGUUGCUCAUGUUUGCUGGAGGAGGCCACGCCUUCUUUUUUGUACACGAGCUUCCAUUUCAUGAAAUCUAUCUUAUAAGUUUUUAUGAUCAAAGUUAUUUUACAUAAAAAGCCAUGAAAGAUCUUUAAAAUUUCGAAAAACCUGUAAAAAAUCAGGAUUUUGAUUUCCCUGUGUAGCCGGUCUCUUGUUACCAAGCUUUAUGCCUUGAAAAACUUUCAAUAUUUCAAAAAUUGGCCUUUAAAAGAUCCUCAAAAACCUACUUUUUUUUAUCCAAAAAGGACCAGCCCCCGGGAUUUUCAGCCCAAGCCAUUUGAAGCUCAAAUCGAGCCACCGCUAGAACCUCCCCCCCAUCCCCUAGAAAACCGGAAAGGACAGGUGAAACGGCGUAAAUCUGGUGGUUAAUUCGGCCGACGACGGGCCUAACGGACCACUCUCGUUUUGUGACCCCUUGGCUGCUAAUGUUUCUCAUAAUUCCAUGAAUUUGAAGCUUGGAAGUCGAGAUGGGGAAGAAAAAAGGAUAAAUUUGCAAAGAAAUUGAAGUUUUUUCCCUAGAAAAAAAUGAUCUAAAAUCCGUGUUUUCCCCUUUUUUUCCCGUCAUUCAGGGGUUGCAUAGAGAAAAAAAUAUGAAAACUUCAGCUUCAAAAGGAAUUUUUUUACUAUUAAUAAAGAGAGCUGCUAAGUCAGGGGGGAAGAAGAACUGAAUUUAUACAAAAAUAUAUGAGCUUUUUAAAAUUUCGACCGCACUUGGAAUGGCUCGGUUCAAACUGCUUAGAUGCUUUCCGACACCCACAAGCGCAACUCGUUUUGGGUCGGGCGCAAGUUUCAACCAACCCCUCGGCAGCCGAGACCGUGUUAAAUAUAUAAAGAUGAAGCUCAUUUUACACAAUAAACCAAAAACAAUCUUAUAUCUUUUCCCUAAGAGUCCGUAGUGGUCCCUUAAGUGGUUCUUGAAGGCUUCCCUCUAGUGACCGCCUUUCUUCCCAUCAUAGGAGGUGCUUGAAAAAGUGGCCACUCCAGGGGAGCAUAAGUACUCUUUUAAGUUCUAAUAUUGUGAAAACACUAUAGGGACUCAAAUUUUAGCCCUCUAGGGGACACUAUUUUGAUCCCUAUAAGGGCUGAUUUUCCCCUAACCCCUCUAGGGACUACUUUGGUGCUCCAUUUCCUGAAUUUUCCGAUUGUAACCGUCUUUAACUUGUUAUUUAGGGCAUUAAAAGUUGAAAAUAUUGAAAUUUUAUUUUUAAAACUCAUUUUCACCAUUAGUACGUCAAUAAACGGAACAACUAUCGUGAAUCUUGACUUUUAUCCAAUUUUCAAAUUUUCACCGUCAACAUACAUGACAUGAAAACCACAUAAACUUCAAAUAUGGCUUCAAAAUUUUACUUUUUAGGCCAAAAGAGAGUGAAGAAAAGGCGGCGGCGGGUCAGGCGAUGCGCCAGCCGAUCCCAACGAGAAGCAACGCCGCAGAGAAACGAAAAUCUGCUCGAAUCGCUCAUCAAAGAGGUUCGAAUCGAAAUAUGGAAGGAGUAGAAUUUUGAAAGUAUAUAGGAAGUUAGCUGAAGAUUUUGGUGAAAAAGUGAUUUUUCGUAGGGACUAUUAUGGGUAAUAAUGAUAAACAAUGAAAUUAUUUUCAAGAACUAAGAUUUUUUUUUCCUUGGUUUCUGAAGUUUCAAUGAGAAGGACGCAUUUGGAAUGGCUUAAAGAGCAUUUCGAUUGCUCCAAAGCGCGCCAGACUCGAAACGGCUUGCGCUUAGUAGCAUCCGAAAGCUUUAGAACAAGCGGAUUAUUUUCAAGACUAAAAAUUUUUCCUUGGUUUCCAAAGUUUCAAGCUGUAUCAUUUGCGAAGACGUGGACGCAUUUGGAAUGGCUCAACAAGCGUUUCGAUGACUCCAAAGCGCGCCAGACCCGAAACGGCUUUCGCUUAGUAGCAUGUGAAUGCUUGAAAGCGAGCGGAUUAUUUUCAAGACUAAGAAUUUUUCCUUGGUUUCCAAAGUUUCAAGCUGUAUCAUUUGCGAAGACGUGGACGCAUUUGGAAUGGCUCAACAAGCGUUUCGAUGACUCCAAAGCGCGCCAGACCCGAAACGGCUUUCGCUUAGUAGCAUCUGAAAGCUUUAAAGCAAGCUAUUUUCGAGUCAAAUGUAAUUUUUUGAGCCGCGACGCGACCGCGACGCUUCAAUAAUAACAGCCAAUUGAAAUUAAUGAUAUAGGAUUUUGAGCUUUUUCAUAGGAAAAUUUAAAAAUUGAAGAAUGAAAAUCCGAAAAAUAAUGGUCUUCACAUACAUGUUCUACAACGUGAACGAAAAAAAUUUGAAAAUAGGUUGUUUUUUUCCAGAAAUGGAAGGCCGAAUUCAAGAUGAAUCGAUGGAUGGAAAGACCAUCAAACAUACCGUACUCCGAAGUCGGGUCGGUUUUCCAGAAAUUUCAAAAAAUGACUUCAAAAAAUUUUUCAGACCGUGUAUCCCAAGCUGCCUGACUCGCCAGGUUAG